GCAAACAUUCGACGGUUCCCAAGCACAACGCCGCCAUGAAGUUGAAGCGCGCAAAGGCAUACAAAAAGCAGCUGCACCAGUAUGAACUCAACUUCGGUUUCCGCGAACCAUACCAAGUCCUCCUCGACUCGCAAAUCCUCCAAGAUGCCUACAACUUCAAGAUCGACCUCCUUGCGCGACUUCAAAAGAUGCUUGGCGGACAGGUCAAGCCCAUGAUCACCACGUGCGACAUGCGACACCUCUACAAUGCGAAGCCGAAAAACGAGACACUCAUUCUUCAGGCAAAGGAGUACGAGCGUAGACGGUGUAACCACCAGGAUCUGGAGGAACCGCUAUCAUCAUUAGAGUGCCUGAGCUCGGUAGUAGAUCCCAAGGAUAAUGGAACUAACAAGCACCGUUACGUCAUUGCGAGCAACGACUCCAGUGUACGCGCAAAGAUGCGCCAGGUCGCUGGCGUACCCGUCAUAUACAUAUCCAGAUCGGUGGUACUAAUGGAGCCCAUGGCCGACGUGACAGAGCAGUUUCGGGAGCGCGAGGAAAAGUCAAAGUUCAAAAUGGGUCUCAAAGGACAGCGGAAUCCGGGCAAUUCGGACACCCCACCGAAGCGAAAACGAGCCGACGAGGGACAAGAUGCAGAGGGCAACCAGUCUAUUGCAGAUCAAGCUACAGGAGAGGCGAGGCCAAAGGCAAAGAAGCGCAAGGGUCCCAAGGGUCCCAAUCCGCUAAGUGUCAAGAAGCCUAAGAAAGACAAGACAAGUGCUCCCAAAAAAGCCCGACCAUCCGCAUCAGAAUCGACCGGCGGAGAUGACCAUAGGGGGGAUCGUGAAGAUUCAGCGCCGAAGAAAAGGAGAAGAAAGCACAAGUCCAAAGCUGAAGGUGGUGAUGAUGCGCCGGGUGAGGAGGAACCUGCCUCCCCAUGAACGCCGUUACGAAGAGGUUAGGCCUAAAUAUGAGCCAACCUGCGAUAUCCGAACACUGCGCAUUGUUAGAAUCGAUAGUUGGGAAAGUUGUAACAAAGCAUACCAAAAGCGCACCACAUAUGCGCGUAUACUACAUGUUAGUUUGGAUAGGUGUGUCUACCUGGAGGUGAUACCAUGGACAUUCCUUUUAAACUCUUUUGCCUUGCGCAAGGAGAUCGGACACCUUUGGUGGGAGGACAAGCGUACUUCGGUCAUUACGCUUUACGAAUUCGACCACAACUUCGGCCGUCUUCUCAGGCAGAUCCUCGUGAAGAAAAUGGCCCGCGGCGGGGAAAACUUGGAGUUGGAAUUUACCUGCGUUAUAUUAGAUACCAUGAUUAUAAAAACUGCGGCUACUU